CGAGGACGUGCCUGAGGUUUAUCCAGGCACUGGGUAGAGGAUGGAGGACUUUUUUAGGCGAGCAGCCAAGGGACCUGUAGGGGAGGGUUCUUCCAAGAGGAAGGAAGGUGGAACAGAUCCGGCCGCCGCCCCAACUGGGAAGAGGCAUCACCAGCAGAAGGUCACUGACGUCUACGGUGGCGAGUGGGUUGCUAGCCACAAGAAGACAUUCCUUCGCUGGCUCUAUUCCAGCGGGGUCCCCUUCAAUGCCUUCCACAACCAGGCUUGGAAGGCAUACCAGCAGGUCCUUCUUGAGCAGUUUGGCAGUUCCCCGCGCGCUGUGCUCCCCAGCCACAGCGAGAUUGCAAGUAUGCAGGCGGUGGAGACCCACCGUGAGGAGCUGGCGGAGGAGUUGCAGGAGGUGAGGCAGCAAUUCUGGAUCACUGGUGCCACCCUCCUCCCCGACGGGAGGAAAUCACGAGAUGGGAGACAGAUCGUGAAUUUCCUUGCUGCCGGCUCACGAGGGGUCGUCGUCUACACGACGAUCAAUCGCGAGGGCGAGCCGGACGAUGCAGUGCACGUCCUUCGGAGAUGGGUGACCAUCUUCCACGAGUUCAGUUUCGGCGGCCCGCAGCGGGUCAAUGCGAUAUGCACAGACUCCGCAUCGGCGUACGUGGGGGCUGCGAUGGCAUUGGCCUCGCCGGGCAUCCCUCUUGCAAUCAGGAGGAUCACUUGGCUUCCGUGUUCCGUCCAUGUCUGCAACAAAUUAUUGUCAGAUAUGGGGACGAGUUGCGACGCGUUUGUGGACGCGAUUACACGCGCUCGUGUUCUGGUGGUGUUUUUCAAAACCCACCAGGCCGCCCUUUAUUUCUUUAGGAAGCGCAGCCCCAACAAGGGGCUUGUGCUUUCUUGCGAGACGCGGUUCACGUCUGUUUAUUCUAUGUUGGAGAGACUGUUGGCCCUGCAGGACGCUCUGCAGGUGAUGAUGCGAGGGGAUGAGGGGCGGGAGUUUGCUUCUAUAUCGUGGUCCGCCGAUGUGUGCGACAUGGCGCGUUGGGUGCGCCGGCAGAUCAGAUGGGAGCCUUGGUGGCACACGAUGGCCACCAUAGUCCACAUCAUGCAGCCCGUCAUGGAGCUGCUUAGGCGGAUGGAUCGUGGGGGGCAGUACAUGUCCCUCAUGAUCGAGUGGACACAGAAUCUUGUCCGCCGUGUCACUAAUGCAUGCGCUCCUUUGGGGAGGGUUUUCGCUGACCGCAUCAUCAGGCGUGUGCAGGCUCGCACACAGCACAUGCUGGAGCCUGCUCACUGCGCGGGGUUCUUACUGAACCCCCACAGGCGAUAUGUUGAGUACUUUUCGGGCGAGGUGAGGGAUUACCCUCGUUGGCUUGUAAGGCAAGCCAAGAGGUACAUUUUGACGCAGACGGGUUACGAGGAGGAUGGUGUGGAGUACAUCAUUGCAUGUCGGCAGUUUGAGGACUUCCACAUGCAGCACGACACAUUUGGGGAUUGGGGAGGGGGGGAGGGGCGUGCUAGUGGGCGUGCUUGCAGCAGCGACAGGGAGACGAUUGAGUGCGGGUCCUGGUGGUCUCAGUACGGGUCUGGCACACCUGAGUUGCAGCGCUGCGCUCUUCGUGUGAUGCACAUGUGGUCUUGCGCCUCUCCAGCGGAGAGGAACUGGGCAGUCCACGAGGGUAUUCACACGAAGAAGCGCAACCAGUUGGCCUUUGAGAAGGUCGUUCAGCUCGUUGAGAUUACCGCGAAUGUGCGGUGGUCGGAGUAUCGGAGGGCUGGGUGUGGUUAUGUGCUGCCAUGGCAGCGGGACGAGGGCAUGCUAGACUGCCAGGCCGGACUGGAGUUGGAGCCAGUGCGCACGGGCACGCGCAGGGGGAUGACGCCGGAGGAGAUUGCCCGUCAGGUUGCGCUUAUCACCCGGGAUCCCAUCGGGGCCUCCGCACCACCCGCCGCUGAGGACGUAUUAGGUAGACGUGCUUCCAUUUUCCGUCCUUACCCCAGGGAGGAUGAUUCCGACGAGGAGCCGGUACCCGAGGCAGCGGACCACCCCGCGCUCCGCAUUCCCCAUGAGAUCGACGAGAUGCACCUGGACCUCGAGGAGGACACCAGGGCGCAUACUGCACGACGGGCGGCUGACAGGGCAGAGAGGGAGAUGAUGGGGGGAGAGAAGGAGUUGUGGGGACCGUUCGGGGAGGUCGCUUCGACGGGCGGCACAGGAGUGCAGGCGACGAGUCCCACUCCGACGAGGCAGGAGUCGUCCAUACCGCCACCUUCUACUCCGAGUCCUGCACUGCCAUCGCCCGUCGUGCCAUAUGAGCCGACCAUGGCAGCAGAGGACACGGAGGAGUUGGCGUCCUUUUUGCCUCAACGCGGACUACUCCAUAGAGGCGGGGCAGUCCGACAGCUGAGGUUACGAUCACCUUCUCCGGGGGUCUUGCAGGAGGAGGGGGGACCGUCGGCAGCAGCAGUGGAGGGGGAGAUGGCAGUGGAGGGGGGAUUGGCGGACACGACGAUUGCAGGUGUGGUGGACCGGAUAGCUGUAGUAGCAGCGGUUUCAUUGCUAGAGGAGAUGGCAGCUUCAGUGUUGGCGGAGGAGGCACCAGCGCUAGGGGGAGCAGAUGCAGUGGAGAGGCAGGCAGGAGCAGCUGGAGGAGCAGUGGGAGGAGCAGCUGGAGGAGCAGCUGGUGGAGCAGCUCCAUUGGAUGGGCUUGUGGCUGCAGCAGCAGGAGCAGCGAGACGAGGGUCAGAUGCAGUGGGGGGGGGAAUGCCAGGAGCAGUGGAGGAGGAGAUAGGGGCACAGGCGGAGGUGUCGCGUGGGGGCGGCGGCGAGCGCCUCAUGCACCAGUUCCUCACGGAGCAGUACGAUCCGGUCAUGGCGGGUAUAACCCCAGGUGUGGCGAGGGGCUUGGGGAUGUCGGAUUCACAGAUGGGGAGCCGCCUGGACUUAGAUUUGUCGAUGGGCCUUCCACCUAGUUGCGGCAGGGCGACAUCGACGGAUCGCGCUCCAUCGAGGGACGACGCGGCUGGAGAGAGCCUCACGCAGCCCCAGAGAGUGACGACGACUGCGUUUCCGGAUGCGGCACGCGACAUCCUAGAGAUGACCACAGCGAGGGAGGUGGCAGCGUCAGGUUGUGAGCCUCAGCGAGGUCGCGACAGAGGAGUGUCCGCCGAUAGCUUGGAGUACGCUCUGAUGGCAGCGACGCAUGCCGUACAUGAGCAGACUCCACGCAAGCGCGGAGUGCCUCCUCGUCCACGCCCCGUGCCCACAGAGGGAGGAGAUGCACUUGGAGAGACUUCGGGAGCAGAGGGGUUGAGGAUGCCUCGUGGAUCGCGCCGUGAGCAGACGGUUACAGAGGCUAGUGCGAGGGUUGUUGUGUUGAGGGAGGUAGGCGCCCCUGUCACCAUCGAGGAGGAUGAUCCUGAGACAGAUGUGGCAGUGCGGGAGGGGGACGAGGACUAUGAGGGCGAGGAGGAGGGAGAGGAGGAGAGCGAGAGAGGUUCCGAUGGUGACUACGACCACGACGAGCACGAGCCCCCACCUCCCCCACCGAAAGGUACAGCCAGACGGCGCGCUGCGCAAACUUCUUCAUCAUCACGAGGGAGGAGUUCGACAUCUGACACGCGAGGGGGUAUGAGGAGACAGAGCGGGAAGGGGAAGAAGCGUCGUUGACUGAUGAGGCCAACACUCAUUUUUCCCCUGCUCGCACUGAGGUUCGUCAUGUUGUGCGGUCCUAGUUUUUUUGGUC